AUGAAGUGUGCCUGCAUUGUGUUGGCCUGUGUGGCGGUCUGUCACGGGCUCCUCAGGAUUCCCUUGAUAAGACGAAGGUCGGCCAGACAGCUGCUGGAAGAGAAAGGCCUGUUGGAGGAGCACAGGAGGAGGUUUCUGUCUGAACCAGCUGCAAAGUUUCUCCUGAAGAACGAGCAGAGCGUCGUGCCCAUGACAUUUGAUCCUGAUAUCACCUACUGUGGAGUGAUCAGCGUCGGGACUCCUCCCCAGUUCUUCAAAGUUCUCUUCGACACCGGCUCCUCCGACCUGUGGGUUCCUUCUGUGAGAUGCACCGGCUCGUCCUGCGGCAGCCACUUAAAAUUCAACAGCUCAGCAUCCUCCACCUUUCAGGCCGGCUCAGAGCCUUUCCAGAUCUCAUACAACAGUGGGUUUGCAUCAGGGAGCACCGGAUACGACACCAUCAAGAUAGGUGACGUCUACGUGGAGCACCAGAUGUUUGGCCUCACUGAAACAGAAGCCAUCUCCCUGGGCUCCGUGCCCUGGGACGGGGUGGUCGGACUUCCCUUUUCCAACACGUCGCUUGACGGAAGCCCGACUUUACUCACUAACAUGUGGAACCAGGGAAAAAUCCCCCAGAACAUGUUCUCCAUGUACCUGAGCAGCUCUGUCGAGGGCAGCGUGUUCGUUCUGGGAGGAGCGGAUCCAACAUAUUACACUGGAAGCAUCAAGUGGAUCCCUCUGUACCAGGCCACCAGCUUCUGGAACAUCCAGAUACAAAGCAUCACCAUCAAUGGGAACACUGUGGCCUGUGCUGGGGGCUGUGAGGCCGUCGUCGACUCUGGUACUUCUGUAAUCAUCGGUUCGGGCGACGACGUCAGCAACAUCAACGGCUGGUUGGGAGCCACCUCAGACGAGUACGGCACAGCUGCCAUCAGUUGCAGCUUUAUAAACCUGCUGCCAGAUGUUGUCUUCAGUAUCAACGGCUACAGCUUCUCUCUUCCUCCUUCGGCCUACGUUAUGAAGUCUGGGUCUGGGUGUGUGACUGGGUUUGCUGCUCCCGGCCCCUGGAUCCUGGGCGAGGUCUUCAUGAGGCAGUUCUACACGGCCUUCGACAUGGCCAACAGCAGGGUGGGAUUUGCUCAAGCAGUGUGAAGAUCUGGGUCAGACAACUUCUCUGGAUUAACACUAAAAAACAAAAUCAUGCUUGUGUGUUAAACUAAUAAAGCGUUUUCAGUCAGACCCGUACAA